AUUGCAACUGCACCCACCAAAACCCCCUGGGGCCUUUACGACAUGUACGCAUCUCGGACAGCCUGUUCAAGAUGCUCAUCGCAGUUCCGAUCAGUUCCGGCCUCAGCCAAGCGGCUUGGGGCUGUAGCUUCGUAUUCAACCACAGCUGAGAUUCCUGAUACACCCAGGACAAGGACAAGGACAAGGACAGCUUCACAGUCAGCCAACACCAGCAGAGAGUCAAAACAUCCCCAUAAUGGACCAAGAAUAGGAGUCAAUGCAUUCAAACAGAAACAGAAACCAGACCAGGACCCGGCAUUGGCACUUUUCAAAGAAAUCGUGAGCCGUGCGGAUCAUGAAGCUACCCCAAGCACUGAGGCUGCCAGUGGGCCUAUGCCUAUACUCAAUGAGCUCGAAAUCAUCGCAAGACUCAAAGAAGUCAUGUCUAGAGGAGUCCACCCCGAUGAGCGCUAUAAUAUCUUCCGCGACGAGAUCUGGCCGAGUAUCGUCGCACUUGAAGGCCAGAUCCCCAAGGCUAUCUACACAGCUGUAACCCAACUACUCGGCAUUGAGUGUGCUUACAUGUUUCAAAAUGGUCUAUACAAGAACAGUCACGAUAUAGCUGAGAAGUACCGGGCAUUUGGGGACUAUGGCCUCCGCCUACGAAACGAUCUCAUUCUCAACAUGUGUGUUAGGUUCUUGCAACACAAGAAUGGGUCCGGUGAGCGCACUGCAAUGAGGUUGGAGAUUCUCAAAAUGUGGCAGCAUCUUUCUCAGCUCAAGCGACCCAGCGAAGCCAACAAGGAGGCGCGCUUCGCACUACCCAGCGUGACAGAGGUGUUGAAGGAUACCGAGUACAGCAGGGGUGGCGCCCCAGCACAAGCAGGGACACAGGCAUCUCGAGCGUUGGCCUCUUUGUUUCUUCAGCUACCGCCGCCCCAAGCCAUUGAAGUUAUCCCUUCACUACUGGCUACUCUCGCUAUCGCUUCAGAUAACAGAUAUUCUGGUUCUGAUUACAAGACGCAGUUGUCGCCUUUACUGAUACUUGUCCGAGCGGUGUUAUCCAAGUACAAAAUCAAACAGGCUGAUAUCGAUACUAUCGUGUCAAAAUCCUCAAGGAUUUCUCCUGAGAGACUGGCCACACUCAAGGAGUAUGUCUCGCAACAAUGGGCUCUCGCAUCAACUAUGAUCAUGGGCGAAUCCCACGCCUGGGUGAAAGCCUCAUCUCAGGGCCCAGAUCCGGGGGCGAGAAACAGUCUCAACAACUUUCACAAGCAACUGCGAGCAGCUUAUAGGGCACGCGACAGAGGUGCGAUUGGAUCCGUCUGGGACGCCAUGUUAGUGGCCUUGCGCGACAACCCGGGUAUCAAACCUCAGCUGGCUCACGAUCGUGAAUUUCUUGAUUUUUGGAUCUUCGUAUGGUGUGCAGUCCGUCGUUAUCCAAGAGUUCAGGAGACUCUCGACCUAAUGCACUCGCUUGAAGUUGAGCCAACAGUCAGAACUUAUACAAGCAUGAUGCACGGAUGGAAGAUGUGCAAGGAUAUUGGCAAGAUCGAGGCAUUAUGGAGCCAACUUGUCAAGUCCGGUAUGAAGCUCGACGCUGUCAUUUGGACCGAGCGUGUGUCAGCGCUUAUUGAGCUUGGUCAGCAUCAGAAGGGUCUACAGGCGCUCGCGGAGUUGGUAGAAAACUGGCAACUUGCAGUUAAGCAAGGGAAACAAUCUCAAGCUGUUGAGCCUAGUAUCGAAGCCGUCAACGCUGCCUUCAAGAGUCUGUUAAAUGCAGACCCCAAGGCUGCACACGAUUUGCUGGCGUGGGCUGGAAGACAAGGUCUUGCUCCAAAUACUCGCACCUAUAACAUCCUCAUCCGCGAGACUAUUCGCAUGGGCUACCACAAGAAUGUCGACGAGCUCUUAAAGUCCAUGCAGAGGGAGGGCAUCGAACCUGACUCUGCCACCUUUACCAUUCUACUCGAGGCUGUCAUUGGGCGUAUGGAAGAUGCCAGUGCUGAGGAGCAAGUUGCUGCUAUCAAGGCCGUCUUUAACGAUAUUGAACAAGCUGGACUCAAGCCUAAUCUCGAGACAUAUGGCAAGAUGCUUUAUGCUCUUGAUGGUCUUCCCAAUUGCUCUGACGAUGUCAUCGCUGCAUUGCAACAACAUAUGCGCAGCAACGGCUUCGGUUCUGUUCUGACACCGCACAUGAUCACUAUUCUGGUUGAGCGAGCCCUUCGUCAUGAUCCUCCUGAUAUCAACAAGAUCCGCACUCUGCUCAAGGACAACAAUCUGACAAAGGUGUCCACCGGCGACCAGACACUGUGGGAGCGAGUCAUGACCGCCCACGCCAUCGGGGGUGAUGUUCGAGAAGCCAUGUCUAUCUUUGACGAUCUCGCCGAUUCUGGUCGCCCUGUCACAUCGCUCUCGUGCCUCAAGGAACUGAUGCAAGCGCUUCUCGAAAAAGGAGACACGGAGUCGGCUAAGAGAGUCGUGGAUGUUGUUCUCAAGUAUAAGCUUCAUGAUAGGGAGAGCAAGAGUGCGAAUGAGAGAUACUGGAGACAUCAUUUCUGGUAUCUGGCUCAGCAUAAUGGUUUGAUAGACAGCCAGAAGUUGAGGCAGUAUGCGCGUUCAUAGAGAAAACAAGGAGGAACGAUGGGAUGAGAGAAUUGUACCACUAGUCAAGGGUUAGACAUGUACUAGAGGUAUAUACCUCGCUGGGAUAGAUGUUGUGCUGACCAUGCCUUGAAGCAUCUGUUUUGUAUAUUGAAUGACAAAAAGUUUCAU